UUAUCAUAAAAAACUUGACGUACGUUCAUCGUUUUAGCAAAUUCUGUUUCUGUAGAAAAAUUGUUAUUUAAUGCUUUAAUUAUUGUUAAAAUAAGCAAUAUUGUUAAAUUUUUAUAAUCUAAAAUGUCGGGUACGGUUACCAAAUUAGAUGAAAACGUAUCGAAAUGGUCGUUGGAUUUUUCAACCAGGACUCGAGGUGAUAGAUCAGAAUUACCUUCGCCUCCCGGAUACAAUUCGUCGAUUGGAAACAACCAAAUAGAGACUGCCAGAGAAAACGAUUCUGCACGAUUGAUCAUCAAGAAAUCAUGGGAUUUAGCUCUUGGACCUAUAAAACAAGUUCCCAUGAACAUGUUCUUAGUUUACAUGGCAGGUAAUUCCAUAUCAAUUUUCCCGAUAAUGAUGAUAGGCAUGAUAAUCAUACGCUCAGUUAAAGCUUUAUUCACUGUACAUCAAGCUUUCAAAAUGAUCGAAGGUAAACACGCAGCUAGUCAAAAGAUCGUAUAUUUCAUCGGUAACAUCGUCAAUGUUGGAGUAGCGCUGUAUAAAUGUCAAUCUUUAGGCCUUCUGCCGACUCACGCCUCAGAUUGGUUAGCAUUUGCAGAACCACAAGUACGAAUAGAGUAUUCCGGCGGAGGAUUAACUUAUUUAUGAUUCGUUUCGCGUUAAUAAUUUUUCUAUUAUUCGUUUGUUUAUUUUUAUUCGUAAGGUAUAGCGUAACUUGAAAAUGUAAUUAUAAUUAUUUUACACGGAA